UACACGCUGUCUCUGAGCUUUUGGCGUUUUAUCAUUGGAUUGAUUUUCCACGAAGGACUUCCUCUGCCAACCUUUCGCUCUCCUUUCAGGGACGCUGUGUCGCCAGCGGGAGAGUUGCUUCAGCGUGCAGACCUCCGCGGACGCAAUCUGCGCGACAUAUUGUGCGUCAUGGCAUCUUCACUGACCAGUCUGGUUAAUGAUGAUGGCAGAUACCAGAAAUCCUUCCAGCUUUUUUUGGAGCGCUCCUCUGAGCACCAGUGCAUGCAGGAUUUCAUCCACAACAAGCUGCCAGACAUACUGGCCAGCAUUGGAAAUGGAAAGUCCCAUCUAAAUGUCAUUGGAGUUGGAAGCGGAGCUGGUGACAUUGACCUAGAGAUGCUCUCUGAGCUCCAUCAGAAGCACCCAGGGGUGACAGUGGAUAACGAGGUGGUGGAGCCGAGCAGCCAGCAGCUACAUAACUACAGAGUUUCAGUGUCACAGAAAAAAGAUUUAGAUUACAUCACGUUUACCUGGAACAAGAUGACGGCCUCUGAGUUUGAGGAGCACUGGAAAGAGAAAAAGAUGACAAAGAAGGCAGACUUCAUUCACAUGAUACAGAUGCUGUACUAUGUGAAGGAUCCUGCAGCUACCAUCAGCUUCUUCCAAAGUCUCCUUGAUAAGAAUGGGAAGCUUCUUAUCAUUCUCGUGUCGGGGGAGAGUGGUUGGGGGAAGCUGUGGCGGACCUACAGGCAUCAGCUCUGUAAUCCUGACAUAAGUCAGUGUGUGACCACUGAAGACAUCAAAAACAUCUUGGACUCCAAGGGUGUGCGCUACCAGAACUACGAGCUGCCAUCUCAAAUGGAUAUCACGGAGUGUUUCACUGAGGGAGAUGAGAAGGGAGAGCUGCUGCUUGAUUUUCUUACUGAGGUGCUGAACUUCAGCAAAACAGCCUCACCUGAGCUGAAAGCUGGUGUGUUGAAGCUGCUUCGGCACCCAGAGUGUAGUGUGGAGUCCAACGGCAAGGUUAUCUUCAACAACAACCUUGGAGUGAUAGUCAUUGAGCAACUCACUUAAAAACAUGCUGUCAGUUUGCUACAUUUUCAGUAGAUUGAUUACAUGGUUAAAUUAAUUUGAAACAACAUGUAUAACAGUUUAUAAUUAACAAGGUUUUAGCCUGUGGGAAAUAUGUUGGCACCUUUGUACAAAAGUUUUCUAUCAAUAAAAGGCAUUUGUUUGUUGUUAGCAAUUGUUGUAGAUUUUUUUUUUAUUAAUUCUGCCAUUUCUACUAUGUGCUAAAUGACAACGAUUUGAUUGCAUUUUUUUAUUGUCAUGAUCCACUCGCAUAUUCCCACAAAUGCGAGGAUCAGAGUCUUUAUCACCUUCAGAUUUUACCAUGUUAUAAUUAUUAGUAAAGUAUAGUUAGCAACUACUACUUCAUUAGAUAGUAUAUUCUUGGGAAUCUAAAAAUGAACAGUUAGUUUUGUGCUGAGAUUGUGCUCUUCAUGUUAAACUGAAAGUGUCUGGAUUGUGUAUUGAAAUCGAUGCCACUGUUAUGUACAUUGAUGAGAAAACUUGAAUUGCCAAAAUUAAAACAAGGACCUGCGA